GAAGCGGAUCACGUGACUCGAGGGGCGGGAGGAAGAGAGCAGAGUUUGGCCGGGCACCUUCCCUACAAAAAGGCGGGCGGAGCCGAAAACCAAACAAACGACUUCUGAGAGAUUGGGGGCGGGACUGACGGCGGCCGGCUUAGCUUCCAGAGCCAAGGCCUUCCGCCGAGUUGGUUUUUGGGUUGUUGAUCGCGGUGGCCGGGCGGUCUGCGGUCGGGCUGGGACACGCGGAGCAAUGGCGACCUUUGUGAGCGAGCUGGAGGCGGCCAAGAAGAACUUGAGCGAGGCCCUGGGGGACAACGUGAAACAAUACUGGGCUAACCUAAAGCUGUGGUUCAAGCAGAAGAUCAGCAAAGAGGAGUUUGACCUUGAAGCUCAUAGACUUCUCACACAGGAUAAUGUCCAUUCUCACAAUGAUUUCCUCCUGGCCAUUCUCACGCGUUGUCAGAUUUUGGUUUCUACACCAGAUGGUGCUGGAUCUUUGCCCUGGCCAGGGGGUUCCGCAGCAAAACCUGGAAAACCCAAGGGAAAGAAAAAGCUUUCUUCUGUUCGUCAGAAAUUUGAUCAUAGAUUCCAGCCUCAAAAUCCUCUCUCAGGAGCCCAGCAAUUUGUGGCAAAGGAUCCCCAAGAUGAUGAUGACUUGAAACUUUGUUCCCACACAAUGAUGCUUCCCACUCGAGGCCAGCUUGAAGGGAGAAUGAUAGUGACUGCUUAUGAGCAUGGGCUGGACAAUGUCACCGAGGAGGCUGUUUCAGCUGUUGUCUAUGCUGUGGAGAAUCACCUUAAAGAUAUACUGACGUCAGUUGUGUCAAGAAGGAAAGCUUAUCGGUUACGAGAUGGUCAUUUUAAAUAUGCCUUUGGCAGUAACGUGACCCCGCAGCCAUACCUGAAGAAUAGUGUAGUAGCUUACAACAACUUAAUAGAAAGCCCUCCAGCUUUUACUGCUCCCUGUGCUGGUCAAAAUCCAGCUUCUCACCCACCCCCUGAUGAUGCUGAGCAGCAGGCUGCACUCCUGCUGGCAUGCUCCGGAGACACUCUACCUGCAUCUUUGCCUCCGGUGAACAUGUACGAUCUUUUUGAAGCUUUGCAGGUGCACAGGGAAGUCAUCCCUACACAUACUGUCUAUGCUCUUAACAUUGAAAGGAUCAUCACGAAACUCUGGCAUCCAAAUCAUGAAGAGCUGCAGCAAGACAAAGUUCACCGCCAGCGCUUGGCAGCCAAGGAGGGGCUUUUGCUGUGCUAAAUUAGGAUUUGAGGGUGUGGGACCCUCACCAAAUUCAUUGAUUACUGAAAAUUGAAUGUUUUUUGGGUCCACAUUUCAAGGCUGAAGUGUAUAGUGUAUAUAUAACCUUUCCUAUGGAAAUGUGACAUUGAGUACAUUUUGUGUUGCUGUUGUGAAGCCAUUAAUAUAAAUCUUUGGUAAUGACCCAUAUCUCCCGAGAUCAGACAAGAUCGGGCGCGUUCAGGAUGGUAUGGCCGUAGACGACCCGUAUCUCUAUAUGUAUGUGUUCCCAGUUGUGGGAGCAGGCACUAAUGAAAUCCUGUGCCUGGAAUGGAGAUAUUUAGGUACCUGAGGCUUAGUGUCCUGUGGUCUGCAUGUAAGAUAGAUGACAUCCUAGAACAAAGAAGCUGUUUUAACUUAAUCCCCCUGAUCAGCAGGAUAUCUGUGUUCAGUGACAUCAUACAUUCUGUAUCUAGAAGUCUAAAAUUUCUGCCCUUCUCCUAAAGAAUGUGUUCUUGCAUUUUGGUUGAAAUAACCUACACAGUGUCAAAAAUCAGAUACCUCCUUUAGUGACCAGUUCAAAUUUUAAUAGCGAUAGGUAGCCCCUGAGAAAUUUAUCACUAUAACUCCACAGGAAAUAUGACUUGGAAGUGCUCUGUGUACUAAACAAAAUAAAGCCCCUCUUUGCAUUUAAAACCAAAGUCAAAACAAAACUCUUGUAAUGCAGUUAAUUAACUUUAUGUCUUCCCAUGACUCAAGUUUUGUUAAAUAUGCCCAAAAACUUUGAUUGGCAGUUUCUUCGGUUAAUUUUUCCUAUAGAAUGUAUUUUAAGAAAUCUAUACAAAUUGGAUAUAUGCUUGGUAAUUCCCCAGUUUCUAGGAGGUACCUAUUUCUACCGUUUCAAGUGAUAAAGUGAAAAUAAUUUACAUUCGAUAGUGUUACUGAUAACAAACCUACUUUUCUUAAGAGAUAUGUUGCUUUUUACUUAAGGGAUAGUGUUGAUAGAUAAAUUAGAAUGUAUAGAUAGGUUUGUGAAAGUCUAAAUAAUGGCUGUAUAGAUAUGUAUAUAUGGUUCACAUAUCUGGAUCUGUGUAUUUGAUUUUGUACUUUAAAUGUGACAAAUAAACCUUUUGGGAGAAAA